AUGGCCAAUACCCAAGGUGAUGCUCGUUCGGAGAUGGACCAACCAACAGAGGUCACCGUCACCGGAGCUGAAGCUACUGGAGCACACAAUUGCUUCAUGUGCACUCGUACGGAUAGUGCUGAUAACCUUGUUGGUUGCGAUGAUUGCUCAGCAUGGGCCCACUUCGAUUGUGCAGGCGUAAAUGCGUCAGUUAAGGAUAAAUCCUGGAAGUGUAAUACAUGUUGUGCUAAAGAUAAGGCUAAAGAUCCAUCCAAAGCUCGUUCACGGACCAGUAGACGAUCGUCACGCGUGGAUGAAAAUUUGCAGAUGUUGGAAGAACAACAGCAAAUAGAGCUACAGGCUUUAGAUGAAGAGGAAGCAGAAAGGAGAGCCUUCCGUAGGAAAAGAGUAGCAAUAAAGCAGGAUUAUGUAAAGCAAAAAUACGACGUUCGACGAGAGGGAUCUCCAAGCGACAGAAGUGACAGGAGUAAUUCCAGUGGUGGCAGAAGUAGGCGAAUUGUAGAGGGAUGGUUGACCCAGGAACCUGUGAAAGAAACAGCGGAACGCGUAAAAGCAUGGGAGUUUCCACCGCCACCUACUACCAAUAAGCCGAGACCACAUGCAAAAUCAGCUUCGACGCUAUUGGCGAAGGAGAACGCUAUCGUCAACAUGGGGAGUCCACCUGCCAUACCGCUGGUACCGAAGUCGGCCUCCACACCGUAUCCCAGCACCACUCAUCCUCCCAUUCCCGCCGUAGUUCUUCCUAGUCUGUGUGGUAGUUUGUCGGAUCUAAGAAUAGGAACCUUGCAUACUACUGAGACUAGCAGAUCUCGUUUGGUACCGAGAGUGAGUUUACCCGAGACAUUUCAACAGGCACAAGUGAGCUCUAGUGCAACGCAUCUCGGCGAACCGACAUCGAUUAGCCUUACUGAAUUGACAGGACAUCUACCGUUUUCCGCAAGCAAAGGCGUUCAAUACACAGAUAUUAGCGGCCUUCCAGUAUCCUUUGACAGUCUGUCAGGAAUUUCCGGAAUAGGAGAUCCUAUGCUUCCCGUGGGUGAUCGAAGACCUCUGUCCGCUAUACCCGAGGAACAAGGUAUUCACACAUACCCAGUUGCUUCCUCCUCUUCAAUCGUCAAUUCGCAGUUCCACCUUUCCGGAGAACACACCUACAGGGAUUCUCGAGUAGCGCAUUCCCCUUAUCCGUCUUAUGUCCCCAUUAACAACACUGCACGAGUUACUUGGAUUACACAACCUGGCAAUUCCGUUCCUAUACCGACAGUCACAACAGGAUCUUACCAAUCCAAGCCCUCGGUUCCAAUUGCUAAUCAUGGACCUGUGAGUUUAACUCGACGGAAUGUUCAACCCUUUCUUAACCACCCCGAAGGUGCAGUCCCUCAGAAUGUGAAUUCGACGACCGAUUUUCAACGACCUGAAAUGGGACCAACGGAACAGAUAAUACAGCAUCAAGGUGUCACCAAUUCCCAACUCGCCGCACGUCAAAUAAUGAAUCGAGAACUUCCAACUUUCACAGGCAAUCCCUAUGAUUGGCCUCUAUUUUUUGGAACAUUCAGAAACAGCACAGAAUCGUGUGGUUUCACUCAUGCCGAAAACCUAGCCAGAUUGCAGCGAUGCUUGCAAGGUGAGGCACUAGAAGCAGUGAAAAGUAAAUUACAGUUCCCAGACUCGGUUCCGUACAUCAUGGACACACUUCAGAUGCUUUAUGGACGUCCGGAAAUUUUACUUUUUUCUAUGUUACAAAAGCUACGUCGUACGCCCCCGCCAAAACAGGAAAAUCUAAGGUCACUCAUUACAUACGGGCUCGCCGUUAAAAACGCCGUAGACGAAAUGAGCGUCGCAAAUUUGGUGGAACAUAUAUGGAAUCCGAUGUUACUGUUCGAGCUCGUGGAAAAACUACCACCACCAACAAAAAUGGAAUGGGCCCGUUAUAAGCGACAGUUUUCUCAAGUCAACCUGGCGACUUUUAGUGACUUUAUGUCGGAACAGAUCGAAACGGCCUCUGACGUUGUUAUGCCCUACGGUAUGCCGUUUACUACGGAGAAGACGUCGAAAACCGGGCGCGACAAACAAAAACUCAACGUCCAUCUAGAAAACUCAACGGUCGACGAAGAUUCGGAAGGCGAUCCCACUCCCUCAAAGCGUUGUUCUUACUGUAAUGAUCCCAGCCACGAAGUUAUUUAUUGUGGGCAAUUCCAGACUCUGGACCUGGAUGGGCGGUGGGCGGCGGUAAAGCGGAGGGGAAUGUGUCAAACUUGCUUGGUACCGCAUAAGAAAGGACCCUGCCGCUCUAGAAGAGUGUGUGGCGUUGAAGGCUGUAGGAAUCGACACCAUGCCUUGUUACACUCCGGAGUUAUCGCUAAGAACGCACGAAAAACGGAAGAGCCAUCAAGACCGCAGGGAGAGUGUUCCUACCAAAACCAUCACUACGGGUCGUCAUUCGUACUGUUUCGAUAUCUACCAGUGAACUUACACCAUAAUGGAAAAAGUGUGAAGACUUUCGCGUUUCUUGACGACGGUUCCUCAUCGACGUUGAUGGACGCCUCUAUCGCAACGAAACUAGGUAUAACAGGACCCGUUGAUCCCCUAUGGCUGACCUGGACCAGCGACGUUUCACGUGAAGAAAAAGAAUCCAGGAGAAUUUCCGUGCAAAUCUCUGGCCAGAACUCUGCAACAAAAUUCAUGAUGAAAAAUGUUCGAACAGUGAAACAAUUAAAGCUACCCGAACAAUCAUUCAAUUACAAUGAAAUGCAGGAAGAUUAUCCUCAUCUUAAAGGUCUUCCAUUAAGCAGUUACAUGGACGUUAGGCCUAUGCUUAUCGUUGGAAUCGAGCACGUGAGUCUUUUAACGCCCGUAACCAUUCGAGAGGGUCGACACGAUGAACCGAUAGCAGCCAAGACGCGUCUAGGAUGGUGUGUGUAUGGUAAGCAGAUGCAGACACCGAACGACGAAGUUAACAUACAUGUACACUUGGAGCAGCAAUUUGGAAACCAGCAGCUACACGAUUUACUUGGCCGUUUUCUUAAAUUGGAAGAAACUCUCGUGGUGAAAGACCCUGAAUCAACGUUAGAAAAAGGAGCUUUAGAAAUUCUCCAACAAACAACGCGGCGUGUAGGCAAUCGUUUUGAAACCGGGCUCCUGUGGAAAUUCAAACAUCGUUGUUUCCCAGAUACCUAUCCCACAGCAGCUCGUCGCGAAGCAAGCUUAAAUAAACGCUUGCUUAAAGAUCCUGAGCUGUACGAAGUUGUCCGAGCGCAAAUCGCCAACUACUUGAAAAAUGGUUAUGCUCACAAAAUUACCAAUAAAGAGUUGAAUGAAACUAAUCCAGAUAAAAUAUGGUACCUACCACUGGGGAUUGUGCGGAAUCCCAAGAAACCGGAAAAGGUGCGAUUGAUUUGGGAUGCUGCUGCCAAAACAAAUGGAGUGUCGCUCAACGACAUGUUGAUGAAAGGCCCUGAUAUGGUGACGUCACUUCCGGUUGUACUCCUGCGUUUCCGCCAAAGAACUGUUGCCAUCUGCGGGGACAUAAAGGAGAUGUUUCACCAGGUGAACAUAAGAGCCGAAGAUAAGCAGGCUCAACGGUUCCUUUUCCGCGAUCAAAAUGAAGAAACACCACAAACUUAUGUGAUGGACGUCGCUACGUUCGGCGCUUCCUGUUCUCCCUGCAUUGCACAAUACAUAAAAAACAAAAACGCCGAGGAAUUUGCUGCACAAUAUCCACGAGCUGCUGAUGCUAUUGUAAACCGACACUACGUCGACGACUAUCUCGCCAGUGUGGAUACAAUUGAUGAAGCCGUGCGACAGAUUAAUGAAGUCCGCCAUGUGCAUGCUCUAGGGGGUUUUGAAAUCCGCAACUUUCUAUCAAAUGCCCCAGAAGUACUCGAAAAAAUUGGUGUCCCAUACCCUCACAGCAUCAAGCAUUUGAACUUAGAACCCGGAGUGGAAGAACCCGAAAAGGCAGAACGAGUAUUGGGAAUGAUGUGGAAACCUCAACAAGAUUUUUUCACCUUUAGCACUUCUAUGCAGCCAGCUAUCGAGCAGAUUUUAAAACCCGAGCACACGCCGACUAAAAGAGAAGUACUACGCACAGUUAUGAGCCUGUUUGACCCUCUGGGACUGAUCGCCCACUUUGUAGUCCACGGCAAAAUUAUAAUGCAGGAACUUUGGAAGUAUGGGUCAGAUUGGGAUGACACUAUGCCUGAAGAGCUGCGAGAAAAAUGGCACCGAUGGACGGAACUUUUGGCAAAACUCAACGAAGUCAGUGUCCCUCGCUACUUUUUUCCUGGAAUCCCCAGUGUUGAUCUCAACGAUCUGCAAUUGCAUGUUUUUGUCGACGCUAGCGAGUCUGCUUUCGCCUCUGUAGCUUACUUGCGUAUUAUUUCUAACGGACAUCCUCAUUGUGUCUUAGUUUCAGCCAAAACCAAAGUAGCUCCCUUAAAGCCGAUAUCCAUGCCCCGAUCGGAGCUGCAAGCAGCUUUGAUGGGUGCUCGCAUGAUUGAAACAUUGUCUGAAACUUUAGAACUCCCGAUUUCACGCAAAUAUCUAUGGUCCGAUUCAAACACAGUUCUUGCAUGGUUACGAUCAGACAGCCGACGCUACCAUCAAUUUGUAACCUUUCGAGUAGGAGAAAUCCUGGCGAAAACAUCGAUUUCAGAAUGGCACUACGUACCUUCCAAACAGAAUGUGGCCGAUGACGCCACCAAGUGGGGAAAUGGACCCAGUUUUAGUCCGACUCAUCGAUGGUUUUCCGGACCCGAGUUUCUCAAUCAAUCCGAAGAGUCUUGGCCAUCACAUCGAAAAAAUUAUCCCCUACCAGAAGACGAGCUCCGAUCCGCCUUUCUCCAUCAUGAUGAAGCACCGUUUGCCCUUAUCAACGUUACACGCUUCACACAGUGGACCAGACUUCUACGGGUUACAGCAAGUGUCUUACGAGCGGCAAAAAGGUUCAAAAAAGCUUCCAUUUACGGUGUAUUUAGUGCUGUCGAAUUGUUAGAAGCAGAGACGUUCUUAUGGAAACAAACCCAACUCGACGCUUAUCCUGAGGAAUAUCUUAUACUGCAAGGCCACCUGAACGGAACCAACUCCGAACAAAUUCCGAAAUCUAGUGCGCUCUACAUUUUUUCACCCUUCAUGGACCAAGCCGGAGUGAUAAGGAUGGAUAGCAGAAUAGGAGCCGCACCUAGCACAGCAGUUGAAACGAAGUAUCCUAUCAUAUUACCGAAAAAUCAUCAUUUAACCAAUCUGCUUAUCUUCAACUAUCACCAAUUAUUCCUUCAUCGAAAUAACGAGACAGUUUGCAAUGAGAUUCACCAAAAGUUUAGAAUCCCCAACUUGCGUGUGGCUGUUCGUCGAGUAGCAAAAAACUGUAUGCUUUGUCGUAUUCGCAAAGCCCGACCACGGCCGCCAAGGAUGGCUCCCUUACCAGCAGCUCGUUUGACUCCAUACAUCAAGCCUUUCACCCAUACUGGAGUUGAUUAUUUUGGGCCACUUUUGGCCAAGCAGGGUCGCAGCCUAGUGAAGCGUUGGGUUUGCCUUUUUACCUGCCUCACCAUUCGAGCAGUACACGUUGAAAUUGUCUGUAACCUCUCCACAAGUUCCUGCAUAUUAGCAAUUCGUCGGUUCAUUGCGCGUCGUGGCUCACCAUCUUUUUUCUACUCCGAUAAUGGUACCAAUUUUCGGGGCGCCAGCAACAUCCUGCGAGAGACAAUUCAAAAUAUCAGUAAAGAAUGUGCAGUUACAUUUACAAAUACCAAUACCCAAUGGUAUUUCAAUCCGCCUCUAUCUCCUCAUAUGGGCGGUUCCUGGGAACGAAUGGUGCGGUCAAUAAAGGAGGCGAUGGAAGCGAUCGGAAAUCAUAAACAACAUCCUAGUGACGAAGUCCUGGAAACGGUCGCUCUUGAGGCAGAAUCGAUCGUCAACUCGCGCCCAUUAACGUAUGUCCCACUUGAUCAUGCCGAUGCCGAAGCCCUUACGCCAAACCACUUUCUUCUAUACGGGGAAAAGGGUAUAGUGCAGCCUCCUAGCACAAUUCACUCCGACGUGCGUAUGUUGCGUGACAGUUGGCGCCUGGCGCAAACGUUGACUGAUAUUUUCUGGAGCCGAUGGAUAAAGGAAUAUUUACCCACGAUUGCACGCAGAACUAAAUGGUUUGACUCGGUGAAACCACUGGAAGCAGGAGACUUGGUUAUUUUGGUAAACAAAAAUCAUCGUAAUGGUUGGGAACGUGGGCGCCUUUUGGAGGUCUACCCCGGAACUGACGGUCAAGUUCGACAGGCGCUCGUUCAAACAAGCAAUGGAAUCAUCCGCCGCCCAGCCACCAGCCUAGCCCUUCUUGAUGUACGUGCAGCACUCCCGACGGACGACCGGAAGUCCCCGAGACUACACGGGGAGGAGGAUGUUGACGAACCCACUGUGCCGAUUUCGGAUGAGUGAGUUUCGGCGACUUCAUCGUUCGACCACUAUGUAUAAGAAUAGAAUAACACAACAGAGAUACGUCAAAUGGACGAUAAAGCAUUGUAAAACGUGUUCGCUUGAGUCGCUUAGAUGGAUUAGAGGUUCUAGCCGCAUCACGAAACAGUUAUUGUUUACCCUUUAGUGCCACAGUUAAUCCGUACGAUUAAAAGGAAACUAUAAAGAAAUAGUUAAUCCUCACACGGUAAGGGCACAGAUAAUUCGCUUAUGCAUAGUCAGAUAGAAUACUAGGUUCACUUACCAACAUACUUAUGAUUCCACAGUAAAUCGGAUGUGAUAGCAUAACCGCGGAGAAAUAUUGGAAUUGUGUGGAAAUAUCGCUAGCAUACACUUAAAUUGUAA